AUGGCAGAACCUUCGAAUAACCUUGACAGACACCAUACACGUCCUAGGGGCCUGUUCGAUCCCAACUUUUUACCCAGAUAUCAGUGGUUAUCUCGUAAAGAUACGCACCUGUGGAGAGCUGGUGUACACCCGGAUCAGAUUGUGGCUCAACAGGGACAGGAGGAGAACGAUGAAGACUCAGUCCAAUCAUAUGAAGAUUUAUCGGGCGAACAAACCAAUUUGAUGCUACAGCAUGAUCUUUACUGCGAGGCGAUUUCUUUGAAGUAUGAUAGGAAAGAUAAAAGCACUCGCCUUUUUUUUUCUACUCAGAUCAAGCUCAUCGACCACAAAUUCAAGCUUGCUAUGACCGGCGCACAAAUCGAUUUAAGCAUAAUUUUAUCUUUACACUCCUGUGAUAUUUGUUUGUCUUAG